AUGUUUGCUGAGGACAAAUAUUUUCUAUAUUUACGACUUGUUGGCAGCAAUGGCCAGCGGAUUUCUUCAACCAGAAGUGACAAACACAAAGCAGAAGUUGAAAAAUCAAUCAAAAUGAGUAGUCAGCAAUCAAAUCACACCCAUGCUGAAGCAGAACCAAUGAAUGCUGGAAAUCACGACGGUAAAUCUGAUGAGGGAAGUGACAAUAGUGGUAUCAAACUGAAAAAAGAGCUUGGACUUCACAAUGGAGUUGCAAUCAUUGUUGGUGUUAUUAUUGGAAGUGGGAUCUUUGUGUCUCCAAAAGGAGUCCUCAUUGAAGCUGGUUCAGUCGGGUCCUCGCUGAUAGUAUGGACAUUAUGCGGCGUUGUUUCAUUGAUCGGGGCCAUGUGUUAUGCAGAACUUGGAACAAUGAUUCUAAAAUCUGGAGCGGAUUAUGCGUACAUCAAUGAAGCGUUUGGAUCAUUACCAGCGUUUCUGUAUCUCUGGGUUGCGCUACUUGUGAUCAUCCCGACAGGAAAUGCAAUCACUGCACUGACAUUCGCUAACUACAUUCUGCAGCCUAUCUUUCCCGAUUGUGACCCACCAGAUACGGCUGUGAGGUUGCUGGCAGCUUUAGCGAUAACUUUAUUGACGUUUGUUAAUUGUGCGAAUGUGAAAUGGGCAAACAAGGUACAGAUAGUGUUCACAGUAGCAAAGGUGGCAGCACUGGUCCUCAUCAUCAUUAUCGGAGCUGUGUAUCUCGCUAAAGGGAAUACAAAAAGUUUUGAGGAUCCAUGGAAGAACUCAAAUACAGAACCUGGGGCCAUAGCACUUUCAUUUUACUCAGGGUUAUUCUCAUAUGCAGGAUGGAAUUAUCUCAACUUUGUAACUGAAGAGCUUCAAAAUCCUUACAAAAAUCUUCCAAGGGCAAUCUGGAUCUCAAUGCCCCUAGUGACGGGAGUCUACGUGCUGGCCAAUGUGGCAUACUUUGCUGUCCUCACUCCUGAAGAGCUCUUAGAAUCUAAUGCAGUCGCUGUUACAUUUGGUGGUCGGAUGUUGGGCCCAAUGGCAUGGAUAAUGCCAGUUUUUGUAGCUGCAUCAACAUUCGGGGGCCUCAAUGGUGCCAUCUUUACUUCAGCUAGGUUAUUUUUUGUAGGGGCAAGACAAGGUCAUCUCCCAGAAUCCUUAGCACUUAUAAAUGUCAAACAUUAUACUCCACUGCCCUCUUUAGUAUUUGUGUGUCUCAUGUCACUAGUGAUGUUGUGUACUAGUGACGUCUAUGUCCUCAUUAACUACACAAGUUUUGUUGAAUCAGCAUUUAUUGGGAUCUCAAUCGCUGGAUUAUUGUACCUCAGAUGGAAACAACCAGACACAUUUCGACCAAUCAGAGUUAGUCUUGUGUGGCCAAUUAUAUUCUCAGUGAUCUGCGCGUUCCUGAUCCUCUUCCCACUGUUCUACAGUCCCUUUGAGUGCCUCAUGGGAAUCAUUAUGACGGCCACUGGUAUCCCCGUCUACUGGCUUGGUGUCAGUUGGUCCAAAAAACCUAAAUUGAUUCGCUCAUGGAUUCAACGUUUCACAAUAUCUGUUCAGAAGUUGCUUUACUGUGUAUAUCAAGAAAAAGAAGACUAGAGCUACUUAUUUAAGUGUAAUGGUCAAUUUGAUUGUGAUGCUGUUGUGACACCUUUUGGUGACAUUUACAACUAAAAGACCGUCAGCAUAACUGUUAACACCAUUAUGGAAUAAUGCAUAUGUACCAAAGAUAUGAUAUACAAGACAUUAAAUCUGAAAUGUAUCAUAGCAAGAUCACAAGCACUGACUUGAGUAUGGAUCUGAAUAUGUUGAUAGAUACAUGUUCAGGGCCAGGCUGAGAAACAGGGAUAAAGUAAU